AUGAAACACAUGGAAGACAUAAAGAAGGCCAGGAUGAGGGAGAAGCACUUCAGAAUGAAAGACAAAGGGUACUUCUUGUCUCUUAACAUGCUUGGGAACAAUACAGAUAUACUCUCUGUGUUUCUUGGAUAUAUCGAAGGGCUAGGAGUAGAUAAGAGGAACGUAUAUAGCAAUAUAGCGGACGCCGUUCUAGAUGGAAACAAUGCCAUCGUGGAGAAUCUUAGGAGUGUGCUGAAGCUGGAGAUAAGGGACGAAGUCUCUAUAGUUGAGGAAAUAACAAAGACUCAUUAG